AAGGAGAGCGGUUGCCAAGGCAGCCACAAUAUCCCCUCCCCCUGCACCCUCCUGCUCCUCUUCUUUUCCCGUUUUUUAUCGGCAGAGGUCGCAUGGCAUAGGGAAGCCCAAGCACUUCUGUACUGGAACCAAUGAAAGAAUAUGCACCUCCAUAACAAAGCCUGUAUGGAGUCCUGAGAGCAGCGGGGGAAACAGAAGCUGCAGAUCUGCUCUGCGCUGCAGCUCAGCCGUUCAAAACUGCAGGACAGGACAAUCUCACAUGCAGGACAGGAAUCUAAAGUUGGAAGUUCGCAUUGUUUUACCAACACGUGCCUACCAAUGUAUUCGCACUUUUGGUUUUGAGUGAGUGAGUGUUUGCAUCCCGGUGCGGAGCUCGGAAAGAGGACUGCGCAUCACCAGAGUUGGUGCCGAAGUUCGGCCGCGAACGGAUGUGAGGGGAAGAAGUGCUCCGAGUAAAAACUCCCCCCGUUUCUUUUGUUUUUUCUUGCUUUUUCUUUUCUUUUUUUUUUUUAAAAUCUCUCCAGCGUUUGUGUGUUGUUAAGACAAUAGUGAGUCAAAAGACGCUGAAAGUGUGUUCAUGCCUUCAGUCUCGCACAGUCUGACAUGGAUGUGAGAUUUUAUCCUGCGCCCCCAGCAAAUGUGGGUUCAUGCUCCCUGCCGACUGAUCCAAGUUGCCUGAGCUCGUUGGACUAUUAUCACUCAAACAAGGCCUGGUACAGUGUGGGUGAACGAGGGGUUAGGCUCCACACCGCCUCCCCUUCAGGCAUCACUCCAUCUAGGAAAAGACUGCCCACUGCUGUGUUUGAUGGUGACAACAUGUACUUGAAUGACAGUAACCAAGAGUUCCGGUCGCCAAAUCAGAGCUACUCCAGUCAGGGAAGAGGGAGCAGCGGCGGCGGCGGUGGAGGUGGAGCAGGGGAUGAGGACUACGAGAUCCCCCCCAUCACUCCUCCUAACCAUGCUGACCCUUCUCUGCUCCAUCUCAUGGAGCACGAGUCAGGUUACCCCUUCCACUCCCUGCCUCACAAUGGUUUGCUCAACACCUACUCGUACCCUGAGCUGCCCGCUCUCAUGAUGUCUAAUAUGCUGGGUCAAGACACUCACCUCCUCUCUGGACCUAUGCACUCAAUAAGCAAUGAGAAGCGACCCUCGGCAGAAAUGAUGAAGCCCAAACCCAAGCCUCAAAAGAAGAAGAAGAAGAAGGACCCCAACGAGCCACAGAAACCUGUGUCUGCAUAUGCGCUCUUCUUCAGAGACACCCAGGCAGCCAUAAAGGGCCAGAAUCCAAAUGCCACCUUCGGGGACGUCUCCAAGAUCGUUGCCUCCAUGUGGGAUAGCUUAGGAGAGGAGCAGAAGCAGGGAUACAAGAGGAAAACUGAGGCGGCUAAGAAAGAGUACCUGAAAGCCUUGGCCGCGUACCGAGCCAGUCUGGUUUCCAAGACUUACAACGACCCUGAACCAAAAAGUGCCCAGCAGACCAGCCAACCCUCCCACAUGCUGCCCCCCAAGCAGCCUUUGUACAGCGUGCCCCCUCAGCCCUCCUCCCCCUACCUGGGCCCCCCGGGCUCCUUCCCUCUCUCAGACCUCCAGAGCUACGGCGGGCCGCCCCGCCACACCCUGGCAUCCACCCUCAGCCAGUCCCAGAUGCUCCCACCCAGCAUGAGUGCCUCUCCCCCAGCACCCUUCCAGAUCAGUCCACCUCUGCAUCCACACACUCAGCUCUCCCUGAACCAGAGCUCCCUGCUCAAUCAGCCAAUUCGGAUGCAGCAGUCACAGCCAAUCAUCUCGCACCAAAUGGGGCUCCAGGCCUCUCUGCAUUCCCCUCCUCUCAGCCAACAGGGAUUCUCCCAUCUUCAGGCUGAUUACCAGAACAGCGUCGGCGGCUCACAGUCUCCAGGGGCGCCCAAUCCAGUGCACGGUCAGAACCCCGACUGGGAUGGCGAGUACUGCAACAGGGACUGUGGACCCAACCAUUGUGGCAGCGGCAUGGGAGCUCGGGACAAGCCUCUCUACCUCACUUGAAGUUGAAAAACCUCCACAUGUCAGACUCCAGGGAGCUUUCUAACAUAACAGCCGCAUCAUCGAUGUAUCUGCUUUUACACCUUUUCUUUUUCUUUUUUUUUUCUGAUGGAUUUCGAAAAUCCCAAAGACUGCUACAGUAACUUCACCUGUUUGCCAAGCACUUAGAUCGGCCAGAAGCCUGGGGCUCUUCACUCGCUCUCUCUCUCUCUUUUUUUCCCCCUUUCAUCACCAAACUUUUUUUUUUUUCAACAUGGAAGUGAGCUUUAAGCUCAUGCCAGCCCACAUACUGGAAAUGAAGACCAAAAAAAAAAAAUGUCUUCUCAAUUUGCAAUGAUUUGAUUUUUCUCCUGAUCACGCCAUUACGCUGUGUUUGCCAUGGAUUGCUCUUAUUAAGACGAUGAAAUGCUCUUAAAGUAUGAGGAUUUGAAAAUCUAACGGGCAAAAGUAGAACAUAGUUGCCUCUUCAGGGGUGGAUGUGCUCCAGGACACUCCCAAACCCCCCCUUCCCCUUGACUGAGGAAAAGUGAAGCAGCAUUUCAAUGAAGAGAUAAUCACAAACACAUAAGACAUUUGUAAAUCAUCUGUCCUCUAAGUAAAGGACUCCUUCAUUUCCUUUAUUUAUCACAGAGUGAUUGUAAAUAUCACCAAAAUGGAUUCCUCUUAUGUGUGUAUUGAGCUGCAGUCCCUUGCUUUUUUUCUUCUUCUUCUUCUUCUUCUUUUUUUUUUUUUUUUUUUAAUAUCCUCUUUAUGUUUGGUUUUGUGGUUCCUGUGCAGGCAGAUUCAGUGAGGGAAUACACACACUAAAACUAGUGUUGAAACUGUGUUCACUGGUCUUGUAUCUCUCCGAAUGAAAGGGAAAUGCAAAGACUGAAAAAUGCUCAAUUUCCUCCUCAGCUGGCGGAGCUUUGUUUGAGAGUGUCCCUCUCUUCACGUGGCCUCAGGACGCUGCAGAACCGUAGGGGGUCAGAAAUUUUAGCUCCUUUUAACUCUCGGUCAAUAAGGAAGCCCCGCCCCUCUCCCCACCUGUAACCCCACCCCCUUUUAGUCUCACACCACUUGUACAGGUGAAUAAAAAAAAAGUUGCUAAAUGUGAAAUGUUACUAAAGAGAAAAAAAAAAACAUAACAGUGGGUUUUAAAGUUUUCGACUAGUUUUAUUAGGUGUUUUAGCAUUGUGUUGAACUCAUCUUUAUCUUUUUUUGUGAGGAAAGAAAAAUCUUUUGUUUUUUCACUGUAGCAGGAUUUGUGUUUCAGAAGAACAGUCAUAUGGGUAGAUAUUUUAAUUUUGUGCAUAAAACUGCCAAAUGUGCUUCUUUUGAUUUGUUAAGCCAGUGACGAAAGAACCCUUUUUUGUUUUGUUGAAUAUCAUUUUACAAUUUGGUCAUUAUAUUUAAUUUGGUUGCAGGUUUCACAUCUAUUUAUGAGCUACAUGAAGUAACAUUUUGGCUUAUUUUGAUCAGGAUUCAUUUUUAUUAUUAUUAUUAUUAUUAUUAUUAUUAUUAUUAUUAUUAUUAUUAUUAUUAUUAUUAUUAUUAUUAUUAUUAUUAUUGAAUCAACAACAUUGUUAUUAGAAUAUUAACUUUUUUUUCAGAACUUGGUGGUGCAUUUCUCAUGUACAUGUACCAGCAUUAGAUUCAUUUUGUGUCACAAAUA